AUGGCAGCCAUCCAACCAGAGCAGAUGGACCAACAAUCCGGCGGAUUGAGUCUCAAUCUUUCAUCGAACAACCCAUUUCGCAAUCGUGCCGUCUCCCCCAGUCUCCAAAGCCCAGUAUCGCCAUUUGACGACCCUCCUCCUCGACCUGUCUCACGAAACCCGUUCCUCGAUCCAGCAGCAGACCGGAGCCUACAGAAUCUAGCAAUGUCUGACAAAACAUCGGCCGCGGCCGAUAGUAAGAGGAUGACGGCAGAGGAUUUGUUUGAUACCCUGACCAUUGAAGACAAGUCCUCCACAGCCAACCAACCCGACCGGCUUGGCCCGCCUAGGCUAGACGGAGCCAGAAUGGGAUCGAUGAAGAGGCAAGCGGCGCCAGGCCGAGAAAACAUUCCGCCCGGCUCGAGCAGAGUGCCACCCCUUAAUCAUCGUCCAACUCGAUCGCAAGAAGAGGCUCUCAGAGCCCGGAGACCGCCUGGAAAUGGGCCCGGGCCUCACGAUGCCUCCAGAUCGCCUCACCGACGAGCGGAACGGCGACCACGCCGCAACUCUGACUCAUCCGUUAUGGAUGCUGAUAAAUUGCCACUCACAGAGGAAGAGAAGAAGGAGCGCGAGGCAAGGCGUCGUGAGCGAGAGCGGAGACGCCGCGAGAUGAAGGACAAGAAGCCUAUGAACAGAAAGCUGGACAUUAUUGACCAACUUGAUGCCACGAGCAUUUUCGGCACUGGUCUAUUCCACCAUGACGGUCCGUUUGACGCCCUGAACCCGCAUCGCAAUCGCCACGGUAGUCGUCGUGCUCCCAUGCAAGCCUUCCCCAAGGACUCGCUGAACAAUGUCAUCGGUGGCUCUGGCCCAUUGAAUACUCGACCGGAUCAUGCCACUUUCAUGGGGAAUGCCGAUGAUGAAGCAUUCAAGGACUACGCGACCGGCGCAAAGGAAGGGCCCGACCGUUCCAAGUCCGAGUUGCCAGUGUUCGAUCCCACCAGCCGCGGCAUGAUCCUACACGGUGACGAAACUCUCGGCUUAGGCACAUCUACCUUCUUGGAGGGUACGCCGGCGGCUCGUACCGCAAUCCAGCGCCGGGAGGAGGAACGGGCAGCGGGUAUCGAUAGUGGCCUGCAGCGGAAGAAGUCGCUUGCCCAGCGUAUCCGAAGCAUCAACCGUGGGCCGCGCGAGUAUCAGAGCUCUGGGAGAAUGACCAAUCCCGAGGGUGUAUAUGCUCGCCGGCGAUCGCCGAGUGAUGCCAACGGGCAGACGUCAUAUAGCACCUCUGAGCAGAACCCAUUUUUCCAGGAGUAUGAGACUGGCAAGAGGGGCGAGGAGAGUCUCUCGUUGCGGAAGUUGGACAGCAACGGGGAACCGCUUAGUCCGAGGCGCGGCUCCGGGCUCGAGCGCAGAGCCACGACUGAUGCGGCCAUGAGCCCGGAUGACGGCCAAUCGAAGCAGGGUAGUGGGCUCUUGGCUCGCGUGAAGAGCUUGAAGGGCGGUCGGCGAACACGCCCCCCUCUUCCCGAUACGGCACCGCCUGCACCUCCCGGUCAGGCGGCCUAG